AUGGAGGGAGGUGAACAAAUAUAUGAUGAAGAACAACAAGAGCUCCAGCGACAUAGACAAAUACAGCAGGAACCACAAAUAGAACAAUUGCAUCAUCAUCAACAAAUUCCAUUCGAUCCAGAUGAACGCAGAAGAGAUAAACGACCAAAUAUCGAUACAUCAACUCCUGAACACCCCUUCGUAACAUUCCAAAAUAGUCCCAUUUUCCCACUCAUCAAAGACUUCCUUCUAGAAACCGACCAACAACAACGGACAAUGAAUCUAAUCGAACAAUUCCGGACGACAAAUCCCAAACUAUAUUCGGCCAUCAGAGCCGACAGAGAAAGGUUUUUAAGACUAUUCGGCAUGAAUAUCGAUUACGAGAUAAUCGUCCGAGAUCUCGACAACAUUAACCGAUUCUUUGGGACAGCACUUCAUUUUACUAACGAAGAAUUUCGGGAUAUUGAAUCCCUAAUUGCGAUGGGAUAUUCUCAGGAUGAAUGCGUUCAGGUGUACAUUACUUGCGGCAGGGAUGUCCGGGCGGCCGCUCUAAUUUUGACAUCACAAUAA